UAUUGUAAUAUAUACACCCAGCUUUCUACAUAAAUAAAAAGGGCUAUAUGCUCCAAACAAUAAUUGUAUUUCAUCUGACUAUUCACGGUGAAGUCUCAGCCCAUUGUAUCUGUGGAGCAUUUUCUUGAAAAGUUUCAAACUCCAUUGAACAGGAAAUAAGCACGGUGUAGAAGGAAGGAUGACUUCUCACAACAUGACGUGGAUCAGCUACCCAAGCAAGAACUUGGCUUUCAUCUCCCCAGAAGAAAUUGAAGCCUUCAUAGCUUCUCAAAACAUCAUAUCAAGACUUAUGCACUGUUAUAUCGCCUUUUUUGUACCAACAGGAUUAAUAGCUGGCAUAUGUAUUUUGAUUGUUUUCAUAAAGAAUUAUGUGCAGUACAAAGUCAUAGAAAAUUUAGACUUACUUCUUCUACACUUCACCAUCAGCAACAUUAUAAUGAUUUUUUUAUCAUUUACUGUCAUUACUAGACCUGACUACUUAAAAGCAACCCACUACACGUGUAACAUACUGUCAUUUUUUUUCAACUUCAGUUAUUUCAAUUCUCAGCAUGUUUUGAUUUUGACGCUUCUCAUACUAUUACUCAAGAGAUUUCCACCAAGGACUGCUCUUAGCAAAGCAACGCAAAGACCCAUAUUGUGUGUUGGAUUUGUACUUAUAUAUGCCUUCUGUUUGUCACUGACUGAGGCAGUACUGGUUGGCACAGAUAACUAUCACUUGGAAACAGACUGCCAGUUAGAUCCAUUGUUUGCAUGGCCUGAGUAUGAGAUCAUUAAAUUCACCUUUGGAUUUGGAAUCCCAUCAUUUCUUCAGAUACUCUGUUCUAUUGGUUUUGUAGGAAACAUUCUGAUACUGGUUGUCAACAUAAGCUUUCGUGAAAAAAUGACUAUUCCAGACCUUUACUUUAUAAAUCUUGCAGUAGCUGAUCUCAUUUUAGUUGCUGAUUCUCUCAUUGAGGUUUUUAACCUUGAUGAAAAGUAUUAUGAUAUCACUAUUAUUUGUACCUUUAUGUCUUUGUUCCUUCAGAUCAACAUGUAUAGCAGCAUUUUCUUUCUGACAUGGAUGAGUUUUGACAGAUACUUAGCACUGGCAAAAGUAAUGAGGUCCAACAUAUUUCGCACUAUGCAACACGCUAGAUUAAGCUGUGGUCUCAUAUGGAUGGCGUCUAUUUCUGCAGCACUAGUUCCAUUUACAGCUGUGCAUUUACAACACACCGGAGAGGUCUAUUUUUGUUUUGCAGAUGUAAAAGAAAUCCAGUGGCUAGAAAUAACCUUGGGGUUUAUUAUCCCUUUUGUGAUCAUCGGUCUUUGUUACUCAUUAAUUGUUCGAGUUCUUAUAAAAGCACACAAGCAUAGGAGUCUUCGUCUGCGGCGACAAAAGGCUCUUAGAAUGAUUUUUGUUGUUGUCUUGGUUUUCUUUAUCUGCUGGCUACCUGAAAAUGUCUUCAUUAGUGUUCAACUUCUUCAAAAGAAAAGCGAGCCUGUCUCUUCAAGCAGCCCAUCCUUCAGACAUGAUUAUCCUUUAACAGGACAUAUUGUGAACCUAGCAGCUUUUUCUAAUAGCUGUUUGAACCCCUUAAUUUACAGUUUUCUAGGGGAAACCUUCAGAGACAAACUGCGACUGUAUAUUGAACAGAAAACAAAAAUGUCAACAUUACACCGCUUUUGUCAGGCUGCCUUAACGUCUGUCAUUCCUGACAGUAAUGAGCAAUCAGAAGUCUGA